UUGUCCCCCGGAUAUAGAAGAAUGGUGGAGUUUUAAGUUGUUCUCCGGAUAAAAAGGUUGUGACAGAGAAUCGAAGUUGUGAUGACUCGUGAAUCUGAAAUUAACCAAACUUGGCCUGAAAUAGCUUAAUAUCCAUACCAUCCCUCCUAUAUAUCUCUUCAUAGCAAUCUCUUUGUCUCGGGGAGUUUUAUAUUUCAUUCUUUUGUUUUGCCUCCACAGCUCUUCCCAUUGUAAUUUGUUUCUUCUUUCAAUCAAAUACCAUGGGGGGAUGUGCGAGCAAACCUAAGGAAUCUGACAUCGUGGAAGGCUCCGUCCCGACAGAAAAUGCUGUUGUUGAGUCCAAGAAUGCCACGACUGAGACAGAUGCCACCUUAACUCUGGAUAAGAAGGAAGAGUCAAGUGAAGAGACAAAGAAGGAAGGUGAGACAAAAGAGGACUCCUCUGAGUCUGAGGCAACCAAGGCUGAGCCAACUCCAGAAACUGUGAAGGCAGAAGAGAAAGCUCCUGCUGAGACUGAGCCAUCAACAAAAGAGACCACACCUGCCAAAACCGAUGAGGCCCCUCUCGUGAUCCUUUGAUUUUCAUUUCCAAAUCAAAAUCAUGUGUAUGAGAAAGUUGCUAGUGUUCCCCACCUUGUAAUUUGUCAUCUCUACUCUAUUGUCAAUUCUCAUGUACAUUGUGUUGUGUCCGCCUCUAGUAAAAUCUCAUUAUGAAAAAAGAUACGUUCCCU